AUGUCCAAAGCUGCGAGAGUGUACUCGGUCGCCAGGGUGUACGCGGAUGCCAACCAGAAGAGACCCAAGGAGUAUUGGGACUACGAAAAUCACCACGAAAUCAACUGGGGCGACAUUGUCGACUACGAGAUCAUCUCCAAGAUUGGAAGAGGAAAGUAUAGUGAGGUGUUUCUGGGGGUCAAUGUGUUGAACGACCAGGAGUGCGUUAUCAAGGUGUUGAAACCGGUCAAAAUCAAGAAGAUUUACAGAGAAAUCAAGAUUCUACAGAACUUGACGGGUGGCCCAAACAUCGUAGCGUUAUUAGACUUGAUCCAGGACAAACAAUCGCGUAUUCCUGCGUUGAUCUUUGAAAAGGUUAACAACGUCGAUUUUCGGGUGCUCUACCCGACCUUUACCUUAUCGGACCUACAAUUCUACUUCAUGCAGUUGUUGGUCGCGUUGGACUACUGUCACUCCAUGGGGAUCAUCCACCGAGACGUGAAACCGCAAAACAUCAUGAUCGAUCCGACUGAGAAGAAGUUAAAGUUGAUCGACUGGGGGUUGGCCGAGUUCUACCACUCCGGGAUGGACUACAACGUCAGGGUUGCGUCCAGAUACCAUAAGGGCCCAGAGUUGUUGGUCAACUUGCAGCAGUAUGACUACUCCUUGGAUUUGUGGUCCGUGGGGUGCAUGUUGGCGGCGAUUGUAUUCCAGAAGGAGCCGUUCUUCAAGGGUGACUCCAACAACGACCAGCUCGUCAAGAUUGCCAAGGUUUUGGGCACGAAGGACCUCACCGCGUACUUGAACAAGUACGGCAUCAAGCUCUCGUCCGAGUUUGACAAGAUCUUGGGCAACUACCCACGGAAGCCGUGGGCCAGCUUUGCCAACGACAAGAACAGGGCCAUGGCGUCGGACACUACGGUUGUUGAUUUUAUCGACAAGUUGGUGAGAUAUGACCACCAGGAGCGUUUGACCGCCACCGAGGCUAUGUCACACAAGUUCUUCCACACCAAGUUUUAG